AUGGACUUUGGCCAUCGACGGAACGAACUCGGCUGCCGGCGUGCGAGGCCACGGAGCGCUGCGCGGGGCGCCCGCUGUGCGGAGGAGGCGGUGUGUCGGCAGGGUGAGAUCCUGGUCACCACAGAGUUUGGGAAGAUGAUGGUGGAGCCGAAUGAGAUCUGUGUCGUUCAGCAAGGGAUGCGUUUCAGUGUGGAUGUGUUUGGAGAAACCAGAGGCUAUAUCCUGGAGGUGUACGGAGCUCAUUUCGAGCUCCCUGACCUGGGACCCAUUGGCGCCAAUGGCCUGGCCAACCCCAGGGACUUCCAGUGUCCAGUUGCGUGGUAUGAGGAUCGCACAGUGGACACAGGUUAUACCAUCAUCAACAAAUACCAGGGCAAGCUCUUUGCCUGCCAACAGGUUUUCUCUCCUUUCAACGUGGUGGCGUGGCAUGGCAACUACACGCCUUACAAAUACAACCUGGACAACUUCAUGGCCGUCAACUGUGUGACCUUCGACCACGCGGACCCCUCCAUCUUCACCGUGCUGACCGCCAAGUCCACGCGUCCCGGUGUGGCCAUCGCCGACUUCGUCAUCUUCCCCCCGCGCUGGGGCGUGGCUGACCGCACCUUCCGCCCGCCCUACUACCACCGAAACUGCAUGAGUGAAUUCAUGGGUCUCAUCAAGGGCCACUAUGAGGCCAAAGAGGAAGGCUUCCAGCCAGGAGGGGCCAGUCUGCAUAGCAUCAUGACGCCACAUGGCCCUGACGCCGACUGCUUCGAGAAGAACAGCACAGCCAAUCUUCAGCCUGAGAGGGUGGCCGAGGGUACCAUGGCUUUUAUGUUUGAGUCAUCCUUCAGUAUGGCAGUGACCAAAUGGGGACUGAAGACCUGCCAGAAGCUGGACAAGAGUUACUAUCAGUGUUGGGAGCCUCUUCGCAGUCACUUCAACCCUAAAUGGAGGCCUGGCAAAUAGACAGGAGACCAACCGAUCACAAACAGGAAAAAGGCAUUGUUCUUUAUGUGCAACAGUCACCUGACAUAAAUGACAUUUAGAUCGAUAUUACCCUACACUUAAAAUUUUACCAGUUCAUAGAAAUUAUAGCUUGUCCUUUGAAUUUCCAUUAUUAUAUAUAAUGAAUGACACAUUCAUAAGGGUUCAGACUAAAUUUGAUUCCCUCAACAAGUCUCGCUCUUAAACACCAUGUAAACCCAGAUGUAUUCUUAUGUCAGAAUAAAGAAAACACUGA